AUGUCUCAAUUACACUUGCAAUCAGCUAAUCAGACUUUGUGUGCAUCUGUGGAAUCAAGCUCUGAUAAUGAAAGCACGAAUGAAAAAUGGACCGAAGACUCCUUUCCAGGAUUAGAAAUAUUGUGCACAAUUUAUGUUACAUACGCUGUGAUCAUUUCAGUGGGUCUCCUUGGAAAUGCAAUACUCAUCAAAGUUUUUUUCAAGAUUAAAUCAAUGCAGACGGUUCCCAACAUCUUCAUCACCAGCCUGGCAUUCGGAGACCUGCUGCUUUUACUAACGUGUGUGCCUAUAGAUGCAACACGUUACAUUGUGGAUACCUGGCUCUUCGGAAGAAUUGGGUGCAAGCUGCUGUCUUUUAUCCAGUUAACAUCUGUUGGAGUAUCAGUGUUUACCCUGACUGUUCUCAGUGCUGACAGGUACAGAGCCAUUGUUAAACCCUUGGAACUGCAGACUUCAGAUGCGCUCCUGAAGACCUGCUGUAAAGCGGGCUGUGUUUGGAUUGUCUCCAUGAUAUUUGCUAUCCCAGAGGCUGUUUUUUCAGAUUUGUAUUCUUUCAGCAAUCCUGAGAAAAAUGUAACUUUUGAGGCGUGUGCCCCCUAUCCUGUAUCUGAGAAGAUCCUGCAGGAAGCUCACUCCCUGGUUUGCUUCUUAGUGUUUUAUAUUGUGCCCUUAGCUGUCAUUUCUGUCUACUACUUUCUUAUCGCCAGAACUUUAUAUAAAAGUACAUCCAACAUGCCAGCAGAAGAACACACUCAUGCCCGUAAGCAGAUUGAAUCCCGCAAGAGAGUUGCAAAGACAGUGCUGGUGCUUGUGGCUCUGUUUGCCUUCUGCUGGUUGCCCAACCACAUCCUCUACCUGUACCGCUCUUUCACAUACCACACUUCUGUCAAUGCUUCCACCUUUCAUCUGAUAGCAACUAUUUUUUCCCGUGCCUUGGCCUUCAGCAAUUCCUGCGUCAACCCUUUUGCUCUUUAUUGGCUGAGUAAAAGUUUCCGGCAACAUUUUAAAAGGCAAGUCUCAUGCUGCAAGGCAGCAUUCUGUGCAAAGCCUCCCAGUGCUCCCCAGAGCAGUUCUCCUACCAGAGCCCUGUCAGUCACAGGCAGCAUGCGUGGCUCAGAAAUCAGUGUUACACUGCUAACAGAUUAUAGCAUCACGAAAGAAGAGGAAAGUGUUUAGUCCAUGCGGGAAGAAGAAGGACAGAAACUGAGUCAUUGCUAUCAAGUCCCUGCUACUGGUAUCCUGGAAAGAGGUGCCAUGGCUUGCCCUAUCUGUGAAAGUGUGUUCAUCAGGAGUUCCUCAUCUUUCAAAAUACAGAAUAAAGAAAUCAAAUUGUGUGGGGGAAGAAGCUGCAACAGCUGAACUUUCCAGCAUAAGCUCAAAGGGAUUACUCAUGUUCCCAGGCAUGAACACAGAUUUCUAGCUGGAAUUCUUGGACUGGGCAGAAAGGGACUUAGCAGAGUUGGUGCAAGAACUGCCUGUAAGGAUAGUUUUGCUCUUGGUGACUUGCUUUUUGAGUCAUGACUGUGAGCUCCCUCUGACAACUACUUGCAUCUGCAGCAAGCAAGCAAAGCCACUUGGUCAUAACACGAUCAACCAGGAACGUUUUUGAUUUAUUUAUUUUCUUGUUCUGAAUGUUAAAAAUGAGUAAAUACACGAGAAAGAAUGCUAAAAUGAAAGAAGGCUAAGGUUUGUAGCACUGUAAAGUAAAAAAAGAAAAAGCAAUAUGGGCCAGAUCCACAGUAGCUGUUGCUCUGUCAGUGACACAGAAAUUCUGGGUAAGAGCUGAGUGCUUUGUAGUGAGAUG